AUGAGACAUGAAGGUCCACCACGAAACGAUGUGAAUGGGAACAGCAAUGAUUGCGAUGAAAAGUAUGGCCCCGAAAUGUUCGAAAUUUGGAAAGCAACCGCGUUUGAGACUUGUACGAAUGAAUCCACGAGUAAAAUAACUUGCUACUUACGAUAUGACGAGGCUGUUACCCGGCGCAUGUGUCUGCUGUCUAACACAAAAAUCCGGCUCUACGAACCGUAUUACGUUGCAAGCACUUCGAAUCUGUCGUCUGAAGCUACAAUAAAAAUGCAAAACGACAUUUUAGCUGCUGAUUGUGCACCGUUCGAAAGGAACUACAACGGAAUCGAUGAGCGUAAAAUGCAAUUCGAUAGUUUCUUUCAUGUGGACAAAUUCGAAGCGUCUAGGAAUGGAGACCUGCAAUGCAAUCAUACCGUUUUGCAUACGGUCUUCUGGAUGUGGAGAUGGGACGCCACGAACGCAUAUCACUUCUUGGAGGAUGUAACGAACACAUUCGCAAGUCUAGCGCUUUUGGAUGAAGAUCCAGAUCAAGUGGAAAUCGCUAUCUACGACGGUAUGCAGGGGAUCGUAAACAAUCCACUUUUCACCUUCUGGUCGGAACUAUUUCCGAAAGGAGUGCGAAUCAUCCGAAAUAAUCCAUUCCCGAGUGAUACAUGCUUUCGACGAAGCAUCACCAACAUGUACGGAAUGAGAUCUCACUUCACUGAAUUCGGGGGAUACAAAACGGAUGCGUUCUGCUCAUCUCCGAUUUUAAAAGGAUUCCGAGACUGGGCAACCGAUAAGAUGCACUUUAAACGCACGAAUCACGUUAAACGCUUUACCCUCCUAUUUGUUUCCCGGCAGCAGUACUUGUCCACACGAAAAAUUGCGAGAGUGCUCGUAAACGAAGAUACUAUCCUCGAAACCAUUCGAUCCGCCUUUCCAUUACUCAAUGUAAUCAGAUUCCGUCCGGAGAAUUACACCACAUUUAAAGAACAGGUACAAAUUGCAGUCAAAGCAAACAUAAUGGUUGGCGUUCACGGGGCUGGGUUAGUGUACAGUCGGUUCAUGUCGCCUGGUUCUCAUCUCAUCGAAGUAUUCAUGGACGAUCGAAGUUCAGCGAACCGACAUUUCCAUAACAUUGCUACGUGGGUGGAUUUGAGACAUCAUGCCAUUGAAUUUAUGGGCAAAGUGCUUCCACCCGAAGAUAUUGUAAAAGUUAUUGGUAAUGCGAUGAAAGAACUGGAUAGAAAGACUACGGCUGGUUAG